AUGGGUAGCGAAAGAGUGCUGGUAACCGGUCCUCAAGGCAUUAAGGACAUUUUGCAAUUGGAAACAUAUAAGUUCGAGAAGCCACGAGCAGUCCGCGCAAUUCUACAAGGUAUAUUGGGCGACGGUUUAGUCACGGCAGAAGGGCAAAAUCACAAAAAUCAACGUAGAUUAUUACAGCCCGCGUUCAAGUUCAAGCAGAUCAAAGACAAUUACCCUACGUUUUGGAAGAAAUCGCUUGAGUUCAUAGACCAACUGAACAACGUCCCAGACACAGUUGAUGUUGUUCCCCUUCUCAGUCGUCCUACACUCGAUAUCAUUGGCGCGGCUGGAUUCGGGAUGGACUUCAAAUCUGUAGCGCAUCCCGACAACGAAAUGACCAAGAAUUACGCAACUGGAUUCAAUUCUAGUAAAUCAGCUCAACGUCGAAGGUUGCUUGGCUUCCUCCUGCCAGCCUGGCUGUUGAAUAUCUUGCCGCUGAAGCGCAAUCGCGAACUCAAUAUCGCUCUGAACACGAUCCGAAAAACAAUUGCAGGUCUACUUGACGACCGAAAAGUCGGCCUCCAGAGCGGAGAAACGCCAUCAGACAUUCUUAGUGCUAUCAUGUCGUCUGGUGUCCUUGAUUCAGAAGCCUUGACCCAUGAAUGCAUGACUGUCGAGGUCACCACCGAUCCGGAGCGUAUCAGACAGGAGGUCCGCUCGAACAUAGCGUCACCAGAUUGCGAAUUGGCAGCUGCUGUUGCUGCAGUCGACGAUCUGAAGUACACCAGCGCCGUUGUCAGUGAAGCCCUCCGACUUCAUGCGCCAGUGCAUAUGCUCCAGCGGAUAGCAAAGCAAAAGCUCACCGUUUCAGGGGUUCCGUGUCCCAAAGGCACCAAUUUCCGCAUAUCGAUCUGGGCUCUCAAUCACAGUCCUGGACGGUGGUCAUCGGAUCCGCUGAAAUUCGAUCUUGACCGUUGGCUGUUAGACACGGCGGGCGGUGCAGCUGACUUGUACAGCUUCAACACUUUUAGUCACGGCCCGAGGGCAUGUAUUGGAGAGAGAUUUGCCAGGGCGGAAAUGUUGGUGAUGAUAGCUGCGUUGGUGGGAAGAUAUAACGUGGAAUUUGUCGGGACGGGAGAAACAGUGAACCCGAACCCAGACGAAGCCCGUAUCGAGAUAGGAGUGACCACCAAAUUUGAAGGUGGAUUGCACUUGAAAUUGAGGCGAGUAGAUGGUUGGUGA